GUUUUCAUGAAAGCGCCACAAGCUGUACUCGGAAGUGACGCCAGCUGCUGGAUCAUUUUAGUGUGCAGUGAGCCAAGCAUAAAAAAGUGUCAACUCAACCAGACAGUGAGAACCAAAAUACAAUACCCAAAAGUAAGGAGUCGAGCCAAAGAACAGCAGUCGGAAACUGAGAAUUACAACUGUGAGUAUCAUUGAAAACUAGAGUAUCUGAAAGGAGUGCAUUAUGAACCCAGUGUACAACCCUGCACCAACAGGUGUCCCCUAUGUCAACCCUAAGGGACAUUUAGUAGGAUACCCAGCUGGAUUUCCUGGGGGGUACUCGGCUGGCCCUGCUUACACUCCCAACAUGUACCACCCUGGAGCCAACCACCCAGCCUUCCCCACAGGUUACGCUCCGGGCACUCCUUUUAAAAUGACCUGCUCGCCCACCACGGGGGCUGUCCCACCCUACUCCUCAUCACCCAACCUCUAUCCUGCAGCAGUCUUCCCUGUGAGGAGCACCUACCCCCAACAGAACCCCUACACACAGCAGCAAGGCACUUACUACACACAGCCUCUGUACGCAGCCCCACCCCAUGUCAUUCAUCACACUACAGUGGUCCAGUCCAAUGGGAUGCCAGCAGCCAUGUAUGCCCCGCCCAUGCAUCACCAGUCCCGCCCCCACAACGGUGUAGCCACGGGGAUGAUAGCAGGGACCACUAUGGCCAUGUCAGCUGGAACUUUGUUGACGCACUCCCCGACCCCCCACCAAGUUACAAUGCCCACAUAUCGACACCCAGGCAUGCCCACCUACAGCUAUGUUCCCCCCCAGUGGUAAAGUGAUGACACUGUCAGAAGAUCGUAGAUAUGCAUUCACACUCCAGUUGGUGAUGACGCUCUCCGGUGUCUCGUGUCAGCUGUUCUUCCUUCCUUUCCAAUCAUACUGUGAAUCUGAAGCCCAACUACAAAACAACACCAGGUGUGUUCAGAACAGGACGAAGGGAAUAUUCCUACUGCUGACUAUUCCUGUUUUGAAUGAUGCUGUCCAAGAAUCCUUCACUCACUCUGCUGCAUAUCUUGUGUCUGAUGGCUAAGUUGUGUUUUGUGUACUGCCUUGCGAUUUUUAUAGCUAACUCUAUUAAGUGGUGCAAAGGGAGUUUGAAUUUGUUUUGCUGUUGGGAUCCAUAUUGAGUUGAAUGUGUGUGUGUGUGUAUAUACACUGAGUGUAUGAACAUCAGGAACACCUUCCUAAUAUUGAGUUGCACACCCCGUUGCCCUCAGAACAGUUUUAAUUAAUUGGGGCCUGAACUCUACAAGGUGUCAAAAUCAUUCCACAGGGAUGCUGGCCCAUGUUGACUCCAAUGCUUCCCACAGUUGUGUCAAGUUGGCUGGAUGUCCUUUGGGUGGUGGACCAUACUUGAUACACAAUGAAAUCAAUGAGCGUGAAAAACCCAGUAGUGUUGCAGUUCUUGACACGAACCGGUGCGCCUGGUACCUACCAUAACCCGUUCAAAGACACACAAGUCUUUUGCCUUGCCCAUUCACCAUCUGAUUGGCACGAACCGGUGCGCCUGGCACCUACCAUAACCCGUUCAAAGACACACAAGUCUUUUGCCUUGCCCAUUCACCAUCUGAUUGGCACGAACCGGUGCGCCUGGCACCUACCAUAACCCGUUCAAAGACAUAAGUCUUUUGCCUUGCCCAUUCACCAUCUGAUUGGCACGAACCGGUGCGCCUGGCACC